ACAUCCUUCACACAAACACAUUUACCAAUAAAAUUUGAUCUAAGGGUUAUGGGUCACACUAAUUUUUGGCCAGGGUUUUAUGCUGAUCUUUACACACAGUCAGGAUACCACUGUUUGGUGAUUUGAAUCAGUGGUAAGGAAAAAUGGACGAACUGCCUUGCAACGAAAUGCUAGUUCUGCGGAUGCUUGGACUGAUGUGCUUGCGCGGAGUCACUCCAGCGGGCACUGUAACGACGUCCCUACGUGUAGCUUCAAUCAAGCCGUCGUAGUUCUCAGGGAGCGCUGAGUUGUAUCUGGAAUUGUUGUCCUCUGCUGAGGUGCGCCUUGCCUUGCUCAGCCGCCUUGGUUGCUCACUGAAGAGUCUCUGAGAGCUGAUGCUCCGUCCGCUAUGGCAGCAUCACAGAGUGUGAGAGUUUUCUGUUUCUGGGCAAUUGCUCUUCUAUUGGGUUUCUCCAGCGGCCGUGCAGAUGAUCAUGUAGUAGAACCUGCUGCAGCCGGCCGAGUUUUGGAGCUUACCGACGAUAAUUUUGAGACUGAAAUCGCUAAGCAUGAUCACAUCUUGGUGGAUUUCUACGCGCCUUGGUGUGGCUUCUGCAAUCGCCUUUCGCCUCAGUUGGACAUCGCAGCUCCUGUUCUAGUUCAAGGUUCAAGGCCAAUCUUUUUGGCGAAAAUUGAUGUCGAAAAACACUCAAAGGUUGGCUCUAAAUACAAAAUCAGUGCCUUUCCUACUCUAAAGUAUUUUAUCAAGGGACUCCCUACAGAUUACACCGGCCCUCGUAAAGCUGAUGGCAUAAUAACUCACUUGAGGCGGUUGUCGGCUCCUUCGAUUGAACAGUUGAAUUCUGAGGCAGAAUUGCACGGAUUCGUCAAAUCAAUUGGGACUGAGAUUCCCCUCUUUAUUGGCUUUGGGCUUAAAGCUACUGACUUAGAGGAAUUUGCCAACAAGUACCGAUCUAAGGCAUGGUUUGCGGUUAUGGAAACGUUUUCCGAAGAAAUUAUGGAAGACUUCAAUUUUGACAAAGGUCCUGCACUUGUAGUGACGCGUGGGGAACAUGGGGAGAAAACUACGUUUUAUGGUCCUUUUGAAGCGGAGGACGUUACUGAAUUUGUUCUUCUAAAUCUGCUUCCUCUAGUUUCUCAUAUGACUCCAGAGACUUUAAGAUCAGUUAGGGAAGACGGGCGUCCAGUCGUGGUAGCAGUUCUGGAAUCUGAGAGUGCACCCGAAGACAAAGAAUUCAUCAAGAAACUGAAAAUGGCUGCUCCAGCUUAUCGCAAAUUUGUGUUCGCGUAUGUGGUUGCUCCUCAGUGGCCAGAGUUUUUGCGUCCUUUCUGGAUCAGGAAAGAGACCAAGCUUCCUACAGUGUUUGUCUGGACUGAUGACACUUUUGUGGUGAGCAACAAGUCCGAUGCUUUCAUCGGCUCCUCGGUGGAGACAGAGCUGUAUAAUCUCCUGCAAAUGUACCAAGACAACGUCCUGAAGCGACACAAGAUGCGGACCCCAUCGUUGUGGGAACGAGCCACUGCCAAUCUACCCCUCACAGUCGGUUACGGAUUCUUGUGCCUAGGCAUCCUGAUCUUGUUGCUCAAGGGUUGGGACACCCGUGCCCAUCAAGAGGUUCGAGAAGAGCACAGCGAUGCUACAGGUGGAAGUUCAGCUGAGGGCAGAGGUUCCAGAGGUGACAAGAAGGAGGACUGAUUGAUCUCAUACCACCAAUCCAUAGUCUUCUGCACAUCAGGUGAUAGGCCCCACUUGAUCAGUUACUCAGUCUGUAUCUUUUGACAAGAGUAUGGAUUUUUUUUAUAAAAUGAGAACCUUUGUACAGAAAAGGAAGUUGCAGUGAGAGUCAAGUUUUAAUUGUUGAUACUCUUGGUGGUAAUUAAAGAGUUUAGAGUUUUUGCAAGGCUGUCAAUUUUCAGACCCUGUUUUUGGGUUCGAUUGUCUAGCCCUCCAUUCAAUUGACUCGCUGAAGUCUUCACCCAUAGGGCAUCCAAAUCAGGCUGUGGGAUUUUUUCUAUU